GUGCACAUUUUGACUGUCGCGUUACAAAAGCAGCCUUGGAGGGAUGAGUGUGACAGACUGGUCGUGGGAUUCUGUUUCUUUUCACCACCUCAUUGUGGUCAUGUUAAUAUUCUCCGUCUACCUACUUCCAUUGUUGAAAGUUUUCUUCAAUUAUACAAUUGGGAAAAAAUUAUUUUCAAAAAGAAAACAAUUAAAGCGUGCAGGUGAAUGGGCCAUAGUGACCGGUGCUACGGAUGGAAUAGGUAAAGCCUAUGCUGAACAACUGGCUAAAGAUGGCUUAAACAUUAUGCUGAUUAGUAGAAAUUUAGAGAAAUUAAAUAAAGUUGCUAAAGAGAUUGAGUCUUCUUAUGGGGUGAAAACACGUGUUGUUGUUGCAGACUUUACGCAGAAUAAUAUUUAUGAGACAAUUGAAAAAGAAAUUUCCAGUCUGUCAUCUAUUGCUUGUCUAGUUAAUAAUGUUGGCAUGAGUUAUCCACACCUUGAUGAUUAUGCCGGUGCUAAAUUUAUAAAUUGUAAUUUUAUACAAGAUAUGAUCACGUGUAAUACACACUCCGUCGCUGUCAUGACUUAUUUAGUCCUGUCAAGAUUGUUAAAGCAAAACUCAGAGACUAGUCCAGCCAUUAUAAAUAUCGGCUCAUAUUUUGGCACAAUGACAUCACCAUUUGCUACAUUAUAUGGUGCGACAAAAGCUUUUAUUCAUCAUUUUUCCCAAUCGAUUGCAGCGGAACUCCGUCUGUCGUCGCCGUCGUCAUCAUCAUCAUCAGCAACAACAACUAGUGGUCAAAAAGUUAUCAUACAAACAGUUUGUCCAUUUUUUGUUGUCACAGCUAUGUCACGAGCUAAACGACCCUCGUUGUUUAUCCCAACGCCUAAUGACUAUGCCAAUAGUGCGUUGAAUAUGUUAGGCGUAGAAGAAUUGACAAUGGGUUAUUUUACACAUGCGCUACAAGGCUACUUAGUGAAUGUUGUACCACUUUCAUGGGUACAUGAUAAAUUUAAAAAAAUGGCGGAGAAAGGACGUAAGAAAUACGAAUAAAAGCGGAGAAAACAAAAGAAGGCGUGGAGAACAAACUUCUCAUCUUAUUGUUUCUGUCGUACAAUAGUCUCUUCAUAUUCUCCUCAUUCUUGUUCUUUUUGUUGUUGAUCAUUGAAUAUUCAAGUUUCAAUGGCCUCGUUUUAAAUGAACACUGGUUUGAUUUGUUUGUGGUGUGUGUGUGUGUGUGGGUGCAUUUGAAAUCACACUAGGGAGAAAAGAGUCUCUUUAUUCUUCCUCACAAACUCCUUUUUAAUUUUACUAUUUAUACCCCUGCCUAUUUUGUGAUGUGCAAAAAUAUACCUAAAUUUGCCCAU